CAUCGCAGCCCGCCAAUCGCGCGCUAGCCGGAGGAGACGUGGCUCUUCCUCCCUCAAGGUGAUCGUGGCAGGCGGAAGGCAUGGAGGCGGCUGCCAAGUUCCAGCCCAGCGAGCACCAACACCUGCGCUACAACCCUCUUCGUGAGGACUGGGUGCUGGUCUCUGCCCACCGCAUGCGGCGCCCCUGGCAAGGGCAGGUGGAGAAGCCCCCCGAGGAGGAGCCCCCUCGCCAUGACCCGGCCAACCCUUUGUGUCCUGGGGCCACGCGGGCAAACAGCAAGGUAAAUCCUCACUAUGAGAGCACAUUCGUCUUUGACAAUGAUUUCCCUGCAUUGCAACCAGAUGCUCCGGAGCCUGAGCCCGACGAACAUCCCUUGUUGCGUUCAGCAUCAGCGCGAGGCGUGUGCAAAGUCAUGUGCUUCCAUCCUUGGACUGACCUGACUCUGCCCCUCAUGUCUCUUGCUGAGAUCCGCCGGGUGAUUGACAAGUGGGUGGAGAUAGCGGUCGAGUUGGGUGCCUCUUACACCUGGGUGCAGAUCUUUGAGAACAAGGGAGCCAUGAUGGGUUGUUCGAAUUCCCACCCUCAUUGUCAGAUCUGGGCUAGUAACUUCCUGCCCAACGAAGCCUCGCUGGAGGACAAGUCCCAGUGGAAGUACUACCAGGACAAUUCUGCCCCCAUGCUGCUGGACUAUGCCCGGCUGGAGGCCGAGCGGAAGGAACGGGUUGUGGUGGAAAAUGCGGACUGGCUGGUGGUGGUGCCCUACUGGGCCGUGUGGCCCUUCCAGACCCUCCUGCUCCCUCGGAGACACGUCUGCCGGCUGGAGGAGCUGCGGGAGGGCGAGAGAGACAGCCUGGCCUCCAUCAUGAAGAGGCUCCUCGCCCGAUACGACAACCUCUUCCAGGUUUCCUUCCCUUACUCCAUGGGUUGGCAUGGGGCCCCCACGGGGCCGUACCUGGAGGCCGACUGCAGGCACUGGCAGCUCCACGCCCACUACUACCCUCCUCUGCUGCGCUCCGCCACCGUCCGUAAAUUCAUGGUGGGCUACGAGAUGCUGGCUCAGGCGCAGAGGGACCUGACCCCGGAGCAGGCCGCAGAACGUCUGAGGAAGCUCCCUGAGCACCAUUACAAGCUGGAGGCCAAGGAGGCCCCCUAGGGCAGACGGUGGCUCUGUUGGUGCCUGAGGCAGAGGGAGAAUCCGAAGAGAGCCUGGAGGAGAACCACCCCAGAGGCAGAGGAAGAGGGGCCUGUCCUUGACAGGAACUGCCUGACCUCGGGCAGGAUGCCACUCUGGCUGCCCGGCUCCAUUAAGACGGUGAUGCUGGCAACUGGUUAAGCCAGGACGUCUCCCCUUCUCCAAAGCCCUCUGCGGACCCGGAGGCUCCGUGCCCUGAGUGCCCACAAGAGGCGAGACCCUUCCUCAGAGAAGGGGGCUGUGAGGGCACUUGCCCAGCACCACAUCUGUACUGCUCCUCGUGAUGGGCGGCUGUGUUUCUUUCCUGCUCUGCCCAGGCUCUGGCACUAUUAAAUCAGGAUAUUUCGCGGUGA